AUAGCAGAGCAAGUCGUUAACAUUCGCUGCGUCGUAUUUGCCUGUGCAAGGCUCCUAGUCUAAGCAAGUUUGUGUCGUCUCCUUGGAAAAGCGUGCAAUCCUCGCAGAUUGUUAUUUAAACUACAGAACAAGACAUCCAUCAAUAACAAUCCAAUGAUGCAGAUACAGCAGUCUUUAAGCAGGGGAUGUCCAACAUCCUGUCCACGUCACGCCCUGAAGCAGACAGCGAGGUCGCGGCAGAUCGCUCCACAGAGUCUACAGUGCAGAUAUGGAGUAAAAUCACCGAGUCGUCAUCAUCUGCAUCGCCGACAGGGGCCCAGCAGAUGUUGUUCCUCAAGAGAUGCUUCUCACCAGGACACAGAGGAGGUCAACAGCCGGUCUGCUUUGCUGUCCGAUCAUGAAGAAGCAGGAACCUCGGGGAACGUGGACAGCGAACCCUCAGCGUUGGAGCAGAGGAGUCAACCUAGGGAAAGAUGGGAGCUGGCCUCCUGGAUGCUUGGGCACAAACAUCCAGGAAUGAGCUCAGUGCUUCUGGGAGCUGCAGGAUUCAGCCUACUGGGUGGUACAAUUGACUUCUCUGGGCCACAGUCAAUAGCCACGGCACUGGGAGUACUGGCAGGCAUCAUCGCCAUCCAUGAGUGCGGCCACUUUGCAGCCGCUCGCCUGCAGGGCAUUCAUGUGACCAAAUUCGCCAUUGGCUUCGGCCCUCCCCUCCUCAGCUACCAGGGCAAGGAUGUGGAGUACUCACUGCGCGCAAUCCCCCUGGGCGGCUAUGUGGCAUUCCCUGACGAUGACCCGGAGAGCAAGUAUGAAGCAGAGGACCCGGACCUUCUGAAGAACCGCUCCAUCGCAGAACGCGCUCUUGUCAUCUCCGCCGGUGUUAUCGCCAACAUCAUCUUCGCCUUCAGCAUCCUCUUCACACAGGUGUCGACGGUGGGGGUUUCGGAGAGCGUGUUCCGGCCCGGGGUGCUGGUGCCGGAUGUCAGCCGCGCGUCGCCGGCGGCCGAGGCCGGGCUGCGCCGCGGCGAUGUCAUCCUCAAGGUGCAGGACCUGGAGGCCACCGCCAGCCGCUCUACCAUCCCCCGCGUCGUCCAGUACAUCAUAGACCACCCAGAGAAGAAGCUGGACUUCACAGUGUCGCGCGGAGGCAGCAUUGUGCACAUUCCGGUCACGCCGGCGCUGGCGGCUGACGGCGGCGGCCGCAUCGGCGUGUCCCUGGCGCCCAACGCAAAAAUCGUGCGACGCGCGGCCAAGGGCAUUUCUGAGGCCCUCUCCCUGACUGGCUCUGAGUUCUCGCGCCUCCUCAACAUCGUCACCGGCGGGCUGCAGCAGGUGAUCUUCAAUUUUGAGAAGACAAAGGACUCGCUGUCUGGCCCGGUGGCCAUAGUGGCGGUGGGCGCUGAGGUGGCGCGGUCUGACGCAGCGGGCCUGUUCCAGUUUGCAGCCAUCCUCAACAUCAACCUGGCCGUCAUCAACAUCCUCCCCUUGCCGGCGCUGGACGGAGGGUAUCUGGCGCUGCUUUUGGCAGAGGCGGUGCGCGGUAAGAAGCUGCCUGCCGGUGUUGAGCAGGGCAUCAUGGCUUCAGGAUUCCUGCUUAUCACUGCUGUUGGGCUGCUGCUCGUGCUGCGAGACACCCUGAACCUCACGCUCGGCAGCACUGGGUUGUGA